UUUUUACUGUUGAGGUGUAUUCCCCUACGAUUUUUUGAUGAUUUUUGAGUGAAAAUCGUGAAUUUAUUAACAUGUACGGAAGAAAGCAGCCUCCAGCGUAUCGGUCUACGCCGUCAGUGUACUCGCACUACACGGGAAAAUCAUCUACGAAUCUCCGUUCCACUAAAUCCGUCCGGUCUCUACGUCUACCGUGGUACCAAAAACCAAUAUUACAUGAUGCUGUUGUCUUAGAUUUGCAGAGAGGAUCCUUACUUAUUGGAUUUAUUUCUGUGUUCAUAGCACUGUUCACAUUUGCGCAGAGCAUCUUCGAUCUGUACUGCCUGGGUAUGGCCACUCCAGGUUCAGUACAUUACGGAUAUUACGUCAUCAGCUUCCAGUUUGUUUACGUUGGAAGCGCUCCAGUCCGCAACGUGCUGAUUGUGUUUGCGCUGUUUUCCUGGAUCGGUUCAGUUGCGGUCCUUAUCACCAGCAUCAUCCUUAUUGUGGCACUGCGGAAGGAGUACGAAAAGAAGAUAGUGCCAUGGUUGUACACGUUCGGUGUAUUCAUACUGUUCAGAUUCAUCGCCUUCAUUUUCGCAUCGAUCGUCAACGACAUGAUAUUCGCUUAUAACGUCUUCAUGUGUCUGUUCUGGAUAAUGUUCUGUGUGGUGGGUGCCUAUGGCUGGGUUCUUGUCUACAGUCUAUAUCUCGAGCUGUCUGAUCUUACCAAACUGGAGGAUUUGGCACAUUUGCGGAUGGGCACAAUGGCCUCCCUUAACGCGUCUCUCGCCGGCUCCCGCCCCACCACCCCUCAUAGCACGGUGUCAACAAUGCCCGCUUCACAAAUAUGACUUCAUGCGCCCCCACCCCCUCCUCGUUUAUCUCUAGAUGAGAUAACACCUCUUAACGAAGACGCUACCACAUCAGCUGAUACCACAUGUGAGUUGUCGCCUUUGUCUCCGGAAGACGCUUUUACACAGGCUGCUUUAGGCACGGAUAGUUUAGAAACACAAGUUUAAAGUUAUGUAAUUGUGCAUAUCGCAAAAAGGGAUUUGAACAU